AUGUCGUCUUCAACAAAUUCUCAUUAUUAUUCACAUAACAAUCAUCAUCGAACAAGUUCACGUGAUACAUCCUAUUCUCAUCAUCAUCAAUCACUUCUGGAAUCUGUAUCAUCAGAAUCAUCAUCACCUGAAAGUAAUACAGUAACUUCUGAAAAAUAUCAUCGUUCAUCAACAACAAAAAAAAAACAUAAACAUAAUCGACAAAAAUCAUCUGAACGUAAAACAAGAACCCGUCGUUCAUCAUCUAGUGAUAAUAAUGAAUCUAAUCAACAUAGUCGAAAUUCUCAACGUUCGCGACAUGAUAAUACAAUAAAUCGAACGUCUCGUAAUUCCCAACAAACUUAUCAUCAUAUACAUUCACGUGAGACAACAAAUGAAAUAUCAACAAAUGAAAAUAAUUUUGAUGUAAAAACUAAAAAACGUACACAUCAUCAUACAGAUAAUAGUAAUUAUUCACCGAAAAGAAAUCGUCGAACAAGUCCAUUAACAUCAUAUCCAAUGUCAAUUUAUUCUUCACAUCAUUAUCAUCAACAUCAUUAUAGAAGAUCAAAAUAUCAUCGAAAAUCUUCGUCAUCAUCAUCACAUUCAAGUGAACAUUCAUCAUCAAACGAAAAUGAUAAUAAUAAUCAAUAUCAACGAUCAACAAAAGGAACACUUGCAUCCGAACUUGAUAAAAUAAGACCAAAAGUUAAUAAAAAUAAAACAUUAACAACUAAUAUUCAAACACAAAGUGAACAACAACAAUCAAAACCUGAUAAUGAUACAAAUACAAAACCCACUGAUACAACUCCUAAUACAAACCGUCCUGAUUUGACUUCGCGUCGUCGUUCAAUAAAUGUUCCUCCAUCUACUGGACAAACACAUUUAACACGUUCAUUACCAAUGCCACCAGAUUAUAAACCAGAUUCUUUUUCACCAUCAACUCCAAUAAAUACUUCUCCAAAUGUACCUGAUAAACCAAUCCGACGGCCAUUAAUUCUUCAACGUCGUGAUGAAAUGAUAAAAAAUCAAUGGGGUGAAAGAACUGUUGAAGUAUAUGAAAUCUUAGCAAAAAUUGGUGAAGGUACUUAUGGCGAGGUCUUUAAAGCACGCGAUAAAAUAACCGGUGAAUUAUGUGCAUUAAAAAAAGUUCGAUUAGAAAAUGAGAAAGAAGGUUUUCCAAUAACAGCUAUACGUGAAAUACAAAUUCUUCGUCAAUUGAUGCAUCCACAUAUUGUAAAUUUAAAAGAAAUUAUUAUGGAUGCACGUGCUAUAGCUGAUAUUAAAAACGAUACAUCAUUUUAUUUAGUUUUUGAAUAUUGUGAUCAUGAUUUAUUUGGUUUACUUGAUUCAGGUUUAAUCGAACUUGAUAUUGAACAUAUUAGAGCAUUUGUUUAUCAACUAAUGUCUGGUUUAGCUUAUUGUCAUCAAAGAAAAUUUUUGCAUCGUGAUAUUAAAUGUUCAAAUAUUUUAUUAAAUAAUAAUGGAAAAAUAAAAUUAGCUGAUUUUGGUCUUGCACGUUUAUAUAAUGCUGAUGACAAAGAUCGACCAUAUACAAAUAAAGUUAUUACAUUAUGGUAUAGACCACCAGAACUAUUACUUGGUGAAGAAAGAUAUGGACCAGCUAUUGAUAUUUGGAGUUGUGGAUGUAUUUUUGGUGAAUUGUUUACUCGACGACCAUUAUUUCAAGCACAACGUGAAGAUGAACAAUUAGAAAUGAUUUCACGUUUAUGUGGUUCACCAACACCAGCUGUUUGGCCUGAUGUUAUUCAUUUGCCACUUUUUGCAACACUUAAACAACGAAAAACUUAUCGGCGAAGAUUGCGAGAAGAAUAUCAAUAUCUUCCUGAACCUGCAUUAGAUUUAUUUGAUCGUAUGCUCGAAUUAGAUCCAUCUAAAAGAAUAAGUGCAAGUGAUGCUCUACAAUCAAAUUGGCUUAAAGAUAUAAACGAUGAUACAAUACGACCAUUAGGAUUACCAUUCGCACAAGAUUGUCAUGAAAUGUGGAGUAAAGAGCAUAAAAAAUUAAGCCGUCGUGGUUGGAGUGAAAAUGAAAUUCAAGCACAUUUUAAAGAACGUGAAAUAAUUGAAUAUCAACGAUAUAAUCAAGUAACUGGUAAGAUAUAA